CUCCUCCCACCCUCCCUCCCUCUCAUUCUCUCUCCCAACUUCCCUGGAACCACCUUCUCCCUGGAACCACUCUGGCCUCAGUCGUCUCUCCUCUCCUCCGUCUCUCUUCUCCGUCUACCGUCUCCCUGUGUCCUGACACCCGAGCUCCAGCUCAGCAGAGUCAGUGUUUACCCGCGCUGUGCCUGGCAACAGGCUGCAUGCUCGGGAUAACCGGAGGCCCUACCUUUCAACGCUGCGAUCUCUGCCUUCCUUCAGCCUCCUCCGAUCGCUUUCCCUUGGAACUAAAGGGGAGCGCACGGAGGUGAGAGGUGAGAGAGCCGUGGAGGAGAGCCCUGAUUUGAGGCUCUGGGUCCACCCGCUUCCCUCAACUGGUUUCAGUCUGCUCUACUCUCUGUCCUGCAACAUCUCUGUCUUGUGGCCUCAAUUAGUCACUCUGGUAGUUCCUGUAAGUUUUUGUGGUUGUGUGUGUGGUGGACUUAGGGGGGUUCGUCUUUUGGGUGGAUCUUGUGGAGCACUGUGAUGGAUCACUCCCUGUUUGGGUGCCUCCGUAGCCCCCACGCCCCGGCCCAGGGUCUGCACCCCCACCCUGCCUUUAGCCAGUCCCCGCUGGCGCUGCACGGACGCUCUGACCACAUAUCCUACCCUGACCUGCCUGGCUCCUCACCCCCAUGUGGGGGGUACCCUGGACCCGGGGAGGAGGGCGUGUACGGAGGGCAGCAACACCACCAUCGUGGAGGACACCCGCAUCAGCAGCACCCCCACCACCCACAGCACCAGACCCACCAGACUCCCUGGCAUGUCCCCCAGAUGCCCUCAACCAACACUAGGCAUGGCCUCUGCCUACCUCCCCCAGACAGCCAAGUCCCAGAACGGUGUGGUGGGGGGACCCCAAAUCUGUGUGGCUCCAACACCAACCCCAGUCUGGGAGGUAGUAGUGACCCCACAGGUGUAUCCUGUGUCCCUGGGGACUUUGGACGACAGACGAUGUCCCCGGACGAGACUGAACAGAGACGGAACAGUAAAGGGAAAGAUGAUUUGCACAGCUCAGAUUCCCAGGAUGGGAGCUAUAAGUCUGACGUGAACAGCAAGCCCAGGAAGGAGAGGACAGCGUUCACCAAGGAACAGAUCCGGGAACUGGAGUCAGAGUUUGCGCACCACAACUACCUGACGAGACUGAGGCGGUAUGAGAUAGCAGUCAACCUCGACCUCACAGAAAGACAAGUAAAGGUGUGGUUCCAGAACAGAAGGAUGAAGUGGAAGCGUGUUAAAGGAGGUCAACAGGGGGCAGCGGCGCGAGAGAAAGAACUGGUCAACGUGAAGAAGGGAACUCUGUUACCCUCAGAGUACUCUGGCAUGGUGGGAGGACUACACCACUCCACUGGUUCCCCUGGUAAUGAGGACAGUCACGACAGUGACCAGAGCUCAGAGCACGCUCAUUUAUGACCCUGACCUGCCACAUAUGCCACGCAGAGGUCAAAGGUUAAGUUUGCGGCCAUUUGAACAAACGUCUAAAAAUGCAGUGAGUUGAUGAGAUCAUGUUGCAUUUACAGCUACAGCAUUACAUACAGUAUGUUGAGAUUAGACUCAGAACUCAUAAAGAACACCUAGGCCUUUUCUCUCAGGAACCAGCAACAAACAGGUUUUCUGACUGAAGGUGUUUGUUGAUUGGCAAAGGAGUGAAGAAAGAAAGAAGUCAAGGUUAGCAAGAAGAAGAAGGAAUGGAAGGAGCAUGGAAUUAACAACUGGAUGUGUGAAAUAAAACAACAAAUGAUAUGCUUGUCAGCAAAGCCUCAAGCUCAUGAGACUGUAAAUUGGGAAUAUAAUUGUAUAUUAUUGUGAACAUUCCACAAGUGCCUUGAUAGAAUGGCUUGGAUUUUUGAACUGUCAAAUAUAAAAUUCUACUGUAUUUACUCCGUUUGGAAUACAAAAGUCGUCCAAUUAGUUUUAAGUAAAAUUGUGGAAUUGAAUUGAAUAGUAGGCUAUUACCGUGAGUUCUACUAUGCUGAUUUACUUACAACAUAACUGAAUGAUGCAUAUUAGCAAACAUCUCCAUUGGUUUUACAUUUUGCUUCCACUAAGAGUCUUAAAAGUUAAAUUUUUUCGUGAAAAAUGUAUACUUUUAUUACAUAUAAAUCUGGGACAUAAUGGUUUCUUAAGGGAAUAAAACAGAUCAA